CCGCCAAGUUCGGCAAUCUCCCAUUCCCCUCUCUCCAAGGUGGGCUCCGGCCUACUCACCGCGUCGCCAUUGCCGCCCCUGCCGAUCCCACUCCACAUCCCACUGCCACUGCCCAUCUCAUCUCCCCCACACGGAAUCCCCCACCAUCUCUCCCCCCUGAACCCAAAUUCCCACUCUGCACUCGCGCUCGCGCUGGCCGGCGGGGCAGCGCAUGGCAUGGCGUCCCUCGCCGACACCGCGUGCGCCUCCGUCCGCUCUAACGCGGGCGGCGCCCGUGCCCCGUCAGGCCUCCUCUCCUACGCCUCCCUCCACGCCUGCACGCUCCACGGCGACCGGCGCCUGUCGCUCCCACUCCUCGCCCUCCUCCUCCUCCUCCACUUCCGCAUCCUCGCCGCCGCAGCGGGGUCCCACUUCUCCCCGGCCGUCUCCCGCCUGGCGUCCCGCCUCCGUCUCUCUCCGUCCAUGGCCGCCGUCACGCUGCUCGCCAUGGGAAACGGCGCGCCCGACGCGUUCGCAUCCGCCGCGGCCCUCCGCGGCGGCGGCGGGAUGCCCCGGGCGGGGCUCGCCGCCGUGCUCUCGGCGGGCGCCUUCGUGUCCGCCUUCGUCGUCGGCGCCGUCGCGCUCAUCGCGCCGCCGCACUUCGCCGUCCCGCCGGCAUCCUUCUCGCGGGACGUGUUCCUCUACCUCCUCGCCGCAUCCGCGCUCUUCUGCGUCUACCUCAGCGCCGAGAUCUUCCUCUGGCAGGCCGUCGCGCUCGUGCUCUUCUACGCCUUCUUCGUCGGCCUAGUCUUCUACAUGGAUUUGGGCGCUGCUGCCCCGGGAAAGCCGGUGGUCGGCUCUGCCGAGCUGGAUCAGAUGGCCGAUGCCUUGCCAGUCUCGGUGGAGCACCAGAAGCGACAAAGGGCCAGGUUGUGGACGGUGCUUACCAAGGUAACAAGAGUUUGGGAUUGGCCUGUGACAUUUGUUCUGAAGCUCACGAUACCAUCAACGCUUCCUUCUGAAUGGAACAAAUUUUAUAUCUGUGCGAACAUCUGUCUGUGUCCUCUCAUACUACUAUAUUCUUUUAGUUCUUUCAUUCCAUUGGAUAGCCGAAUAGUGUUUCUUCUCCCUCAUAUCCGCUUCCCCCUUUGGUCUGUUGUGCUCUUGGUUAGCUUUUGUUUGGCUCUCUCCCACUUCCAUUUCGAGAAAGAAGCACCAGAAACAGAAAACAUUGCCAGUACUCUGAUAUCUUUUAUAAUGAGCGUCUUCUGGAUCUCAACCAUGGCUGGAGAACUCCUGAACUGCCUCGCAACAAUUGGCGUUAUUAUGGAUCUCCCUCCAGCUAUACUUGGCAUGACGGUUUUGGCAUGGGGGAAUUCUAUCGGUGAUCUUGUUGCUGACGUGGCAUUGGCCAAGAAUGGGCAACCUACAAUCGCCAUUGCUGGGUGUUUUGCUGGUCCAAUGUUCAACAUGCUUGUUGGAUUAGGAACUGCCCUAGUAAUGCAAACAGCAAGAGUGUAUCCCAAACCCUUCAUACUUGAAUUCCAUGUUGGAAUUGUUGUUGCAUUUGUAUUUCUUCUGCUGAGCUUGAUGGGAACCCUGUUGGUGGUCACCUGGGCCAGAUACCGGGUACCCAGAUUCUGGGGCUACUGCCUUAUGGGGCUUUACAUUUUGUUUACCAUAGUGAGUAUCGCCAUUGCGAGCUCUUCUGGAUGAUACAUAAAUUUCUAUGUAAAUAGCAGCUCUUAGAGAUUGUGUAGGUGGUUAUUGCUUGACAUUUCUAGUUGCUAAAAAGCACUGGGUGGUAUCAUUUAAAACAAAAGGGCCCUUCUCGACAUGUUAAACUGAUGUGAUACAUAUGUGAUGAAAAAUCUGUUCAUGAAGUGCCAAUCCAUGUAAUAUUUUCUUU